AUGCCUUUAACGAAAAAAGUUAUAAUAGCGAAAAAAAGACUGCGAGGACGUACUCGAAACAUUAAAACUGGACAACUUGAAAAAGUUUUAAAUGUUUCUGAAUCGGAUUUUGUUUCCUCUGAACAUUCAGAUUUUGUUUUCUCUGAAAAUGAAAGCUUUUCAAGUGAAUCGGAUGAUAAUUUUGUAGACAAUUUACAACAAACAAUAAAUAAUCUUGGGGAACUUGAGUUAAUUUGGUUAAAAAAACGAAAAAAAAGUUCCAAAAAUAAACUUGCAAUAUCAAGAGAUAUAAAAUUUCGUAAAUACGGUCCUUCGGGUGUGUAUACAAAAGCCGCGCAAGGUGUUAAACCAAUUACACAAUACUUUCCAAUUAAAAAAAAUGAAGAAAGUACAGAUAGUGAAAACAAAGAUAAACCAGAAACUUCAGAUACAGAUUCCGAUGUGAAUGCCAUUGAUUUAGAUGUAAACGAUGAUGAAAAGUAUAUUCUAAACAAUAAAAAAAAACAGACAGCUUAUGAUUAUCUACAGUAUUGGGCAAUACAUAAAUAUUUUGUUUAUUUGGAUAUGCAUAAGUUAGGUAAAAUACAAGCAAGUGAAUGUAUCGCAAAAGAAGUUUAUAAUAAAGGCUUUUAUCAAGCAAGAAAUAUUCAAAAAUGGGCUAAGUUUUGGCUUGAAAAUGGAAGUUUAUAUAAAAGUAUGCAAGGUUGUCAUCAAAAAACAAAGUCACUUAUUGAUGAUGAAGAUGUUAUUAAUAGUAGUUUUGUUUUUAUUCGGCAAAAUGGUGGGAAAACCACUCCAAAGGAGUACUUUUUUCACAAAUGA